GAUUCAAACGUUUUAAGCAUUCCACGUGAGUGUGGUUUUGUGAAUGUCAACACAGGUGAGUGUUUCCGUUAUAGAUACAGAGAUAUAAAGAUGGCGGCCUCCGAGAGUAACUCAACGGAGACCCGUCGGGUUCGCUCACUGAAGGAAAUCACGGAAUGUUAUAAACUUCCCAAGUUUGUGAGGGUAGUUGGAGGAAGAGAUUUAAAAAGUGUGUACCGGAGAACGGGCAUUAAGAAAGGAGAUUUCAUCUAUUUACAUACACUCGCCGUUGACAGCAUUAACUUGUCAUUUUAUGACACAGACACUGGGUCAAGGCGGUUUGCCCGAGUUCCGGCUAAAACCGCUAUCAAAUUCAAAAUUAUUUCUCCAACAUUUCUCCAGAAUUCGGGAGAGCAAGAAAAACCAAAGAUAUUUCCAACCGUCGGAGACCUUUUGGAUGUAUUUCCGAUGAAAUUCCGGGCCAACAAAGGAUAUGAUGACCCGUACUUGCCAGCUAUUUUCCGUAAGGAUGAAAUAUUCAGAUUCCAUAGAAAAACCCGGAGCCCAAUGGAUGAACAAGUAUUUAUGGAAUGUGAGGACGAGAAAGGAAAUGUGAUCCAACUUCCGAAAUCUUGCCACGGAGACUUUUCAGUGCUUGAAGACGACAGAAGUUACACACUGCAGGAGAUCAUAUCCUUUGGGGUGGUGUCUCGAAAACUUAAGUUGUCAGGUGAAAAUAUGAAUCUAGUGGCCGUUGAAGAAUCUCAGAAAUGCAAGGAUGAGGAGGAACCCCUAUACGGUAAUGUUACAAACAAAGAGUUGUCAUUGUCUAGAAUCACAGGACUGCCCUUGUCUCACAAAGGCAUAAUAACCAUGCAAAAACCGGAAGUGUUCUUUGUGGCAUCGCCUAGGGACGAUUUGGACGUCCGAUGGAAACUUGACCUUAACCUAGAUCUAGAGGUUGUAUCAAGUACGGAGGCUGAGUACGAGAAGCCAAUGGCCAAAGAGUACUCACUACGUGACUUUGUGACCGAAUUCGAAUCAGAAUUCCCAAUCACUGCUGUAAUCACAAACUACAGAUCUAUCCCGGGUACGUUCCGAAGGUAUUUUUCACAAGAGUUGGAAGUGUUAGUGCAUCAUAUCGAACACGACCCAAAAUUAUUGGGGACGACGGAAAAAGACUUCUACAGUAUAUCGGACAAUGUAAAAGGUCGUUUCCGGAAAGCAUUGAGACGUUUUAGAUCAAUUUUAGACCUUAUUGAACUGAAUGAACCAAUCAAUGUCAAGGUGAUGGAGGAUAUUGCUUCAGAUGUACCCGCGCCAUUUUCCUUGAGAACAGGUGAUGUUUUGGUGUUCAAAUCAUUAACAGUUCUUAAAUACAAAAUUAAAUUUAGUAAAAAGUCUUAUGUUGAUAUUCCAGUUGUAGGAUGUUAUAAAAUUCUGGAGGACGGGUCAAAGAAGUCAUUAUAUCUGCCAGAUGACCUUGACCUUAAACUGAUUGAAACGCCGCCCCCUGGAAAGGAGAAAGGGUUCCGGGCCGACGCCAUAUUUUCAGGGCGCGUGUCAUUACCUGUAGAUGUCGAUUUUCUCCCAUUCGAUGACACCAUAUCGCCGCUUCACUGUGAUCGUGAAAUUAGCCUUGAAUAUCUAGUUUCCGACCCAUAUGUCGUCAUAUCGACAAUACCGUCCCGUCGUCAACGUCGGACGUCUGGACUGGACGCUAAAGUCGAUGUUUGCAUGAAAGUUCCGCUACGGCAUGACGUGACUUUAAAAUUAUCGGAAAAACUACAGUUUCCAACAAGUUAUUUUCGGUUUCCGCCCAAAGAAACGUGGACCCAGAUAGAUGUAGAGGAAGUCGACAAGGAUGUAUAUGAGCAUUUGGUGAAAUACAGUGACCAAGCAUACGAGGACUAUCAAGCUCCAGAAGUUCCUAAAGCCAGCGCCUCGGUAGGAUGCCUCAUUGAAAGAGCAAAGGAAGAAGAAAAUUAUAACUUGAUGAGAAAGAAAAACAAAUCGCUGACUACCCUUCCACAAAACGCUCGUCAGUCAAAGAAGCUAGACAGCAAGGCUCCAUACAAAAGCGAGAGUGAUCUUAAGGAGGCGGCAGUCACCGAAUCCAUGCAGGACGACAUUGUUUAUGCAGAUGAAUGUAUCUACGAGAGUUACAAUCCACCCACACCUAAACCAGAACGGCCUCCUCGUCCUAGGAGAUUCCGGAGGAAAACGUCCAAAUUUUGAGGUUUAUAUUGGACAUGCUCUCUGUUUCCACAUCAGUAGAAUCUAGUCAUGUAAACGUGUAUGAUGUUUAUGGUGUAACCUACAACAACACUUACUUCAGAGACAGUUGUGAAACAGAAAUGUGACGUCAGAAAAAGAUGGCGUAAUUGUACUUAAACAUAGACUAUUUAUUACAGAAUGAUUCUAUGUAAAAAAAAAUGUUCAGAUAUGCAAUAAUCAAACUGUGCAAUGCAUAAAGAAUUUGCAUGUUAGUACUACACAUAGAUAUAUGUUGUUCAACAGACCUAUUAGAAUGAACAGUGUUCAACCAUCACGAUCCCACUGGUAACAAGGAGUCGAUAGUCGUAUAGGCACAUAAGUGCUAAGGGAAAAGCAUACAAGUUAUGACAAUUACCAGUCUGGCAUAUGAUUGACCAGAAUAUCAAAAUCAGAUUAUUAGAGAUUUUCGUGGUCAAUUCCUAGUUUCAUGCAAAUGAUUAAUGUCAACUGGGUAAUAUUUGUUGAUAUAAUUACUAGAUAAUCAAAAUUAUAUAACCAA